AUGGCCGUGUUUUGCUCUGCUGGAACCCUCAUCUUAAGUACAGUAAGUGGUAAGUCCCCUGCAGUUCUAUUCAUGUGCCAUCUGCUCGGUUAUCUUACUGGCCUGCGUGAAUUGUUAAAUACAUCUACCCCUGACCCUGUUACUUCCACUCCUGUCCCUGAUGGUAGAUGUACUAGGGGCAGGAGUGGAUGUAUAUCCACUCCUGCCCCUAGUACAUCAACCCUUGCACCUGUUACUUCCACUCCUGCCACUGCUACAUCUACCCCAGCACCUGAUACUUCCAUUCAUGCCCCUGAUACAUCUACUCUUACCCCUGAUACAUCGUCUCUCCCAUCCACAACCACUUCGGCAGGCCCGGCCUGCGACUACGCAGCCUUCACGGCCGACCAUUCCAUGCUGAAAUCCCCUGCGUGUACCAACACCAAGCCCCCACUGACCGAAGCGGAGAAGACAGAAAUCCUGAGCGUUCAUAACACUCUCAGGGCGAAGGUGGCCAGAGGCGACGAGACCGCGGGCGAUCCGGGACCUCAGCCCAAAGGCGCCAACAUCCGGGAGCUGAAAUGGAACGAUGAGUUGGCAGACGUGGCACAGGCCUGGAUGGGUCAGUGCACCUUCGCCCAUGACUGCCCGGCCUGCAGGAAGAUCUGCUCGAGGGACUAUGCCGUCGGACAGAAUGUGUACACAUACUGGAUUAGC